UGAGGUUAUUAGCAUGGUUUACUAGCACGCCUAUUUAAGGGUAGCCGACAACCCAGUGCUACACAGCACCCGUGCCUUGAAGUUGUGUUACCUCUCUUGCGCGAGCGGUGUCGAACUUUUGAUGAAUCAUGUGACACAUCGCGUCGGUAUGCUGCUAGAAAGCAGAAAGUGACAGUGAUGUACGAGUUGAAGUCCAUCUCACAAACUCUGGGUGCUGGCCUACUCAAAUACAUAGGGAUUACCUUCAAGGAUGCACGCAUUGAACAUGAAUCCUCACGGACAGGUCCAGCCAGUGGCAUUGAAUAUGAUAGGCAUUUGAACACUCCUUCCAUGGUAGAAGAGGUAAAGGCGCUCCAAGAAAAACUUAAUGCAACAGAGGAUGAAGACGAACAGCGAGCGCUGGCGGAGGACGUCACAGGAAAGAUCUUGUGGCUCUGUUGGAGUGGGAUCUGCGCAGAAGUGGACGAACUAUUAUCACAGGUUGUGAAUUACCUCCAGAGAGAAAAUGACUUGAGGGGGCUACGUGAGCUUGCGUUGGCUAUGUCUUCAUUAAUAGACCCACCUGACGAUCCAGCUCACUUGCAGCGGAUUAUGUUUGAUGCGGGAGCGGGCACAUCGAAACAUCAGUUGUUGCUUGACGCUCGGGCUGCGGAGCAAGCCAAGUGGUCAGGUACAACUAUUCCGAGGGGCACCACCAACACCAACGCGCAAGGUCCGAGUACAAGUUCUUAAACUCCCUCCACAUCGUUGGUUUAGCAAACACGGAUUUUGCCAAUUCAUAGGAAUGCGGUAAGGCUGUAGUCAACACAUACUAGCUGGUUCUGCAGAGCAACGGGUCUCCUUGUCU